GUUUCUUCUCAAUCGUGUUUUCCUGAAAUUUUGCUCGAGGCUCAUUCUGCUGGCCAGUCCGUUGGAUGGAUGCUUCUCGUGUCCGUACAUAGCUUCCUCGGUGGAGCUCAAAAGCAAGAGAAGAGAACCCCCGUGGGUGGUCAACGAGUCUUGUUGUCUCGUGUUGCUUGCUGGUUUCCAUUCGAUGUCAUAUCAUCUUCAAUACUAGGUACUGAGGACUUCCUCUCCCUUUCCUCUCUUCCCUUCUGAAACCCUUAGGAUAUGAAGGGAUGUACUGGACUGGACAGCAGUGCGACGAGGACGAAGAGGAGUGCAGUACAAAUCUUUCUGGGUAUCUAUGUCAAUGUGACAGCUCCAUCUUCUCUCCUCGCAUUAUAUUCUUGCUGUCUAAUUACGCCACAAGCACUGCUAUCUCUGUACUCUACCUGUUCUUUUCCUUUGGGGAUUCCUUGUUCCCUAUCCCCACAACUCCCCCUCCGGCGCAGUGCCCGAAUUCAGCUAUGAGUCUGGAUUCACCGUCUAGUGAUAAUGCCACAACCAUCCAGCAGAUCAUCUCUCUUUUUAACAGUCUGAGCACAAAUUCCGCCCGAAGAGCUGCGUAUCAUGGGCUGCUGAACCAACUGAACUCCACCGAAUGGUGCGAUUUACGCGCAUGCAUCGAACAGCGGACCUUCCAGAAAGACAUCCUAGGCGAGUCCCUGCCCGAGGUCGCCCUCCAGAUUGUGCAGCAUCUGAGCGUUUCCGAUCUUCACGUGCUCAGGAGAGUCUCGAGACGAUGGCACGCUCUCCUGUCAUCUGCUUCUACCAAGCGCACCGUAUAUCGCCAAUGGACCAACAACUCCAGUACGCACCUCACCACGGCCGAGAUCACGCGGUACGCUCAACGGAGGCUCUACUUGGAGCGUGGCCAACCCGUCGCUACCGCCGCCGCACAGAGGGCCGUGAAAGUGAUCGAUGACCAACCAACCCCCCACAGCGCCCCCACGCCCAACACCUUCGCUUACGCCCACGGGAGGUUUGCAUGGCUUAGGAGCCCCGACCUCCUCGUCGUACACAGUAUUCGCAACUCUACAAGGCAGCAGUUUUGCACCGAAAACCGUGAUCGCUUUCGAUUGGUGGGGAUCUCGAACUCCGUGGUUGUAGCGAUCAGCACUCGCGCGUAUUGUCAUGUUUGGGAUCUGGAGACCCAGGAGCACGCCUGGUUCCGUAUCCCAUCCCUCAACGUGACCGGCUUUGCGGUACGCGACAACACAGUCGCUGUAGCCUACAACAGUUAUACGGUCACGGAGUCCGGGGACAAGAUCGAUACAGAAUCCGUGACCUACUGGGACAUGUGGUCGCGUACCGCUCACACAAUCGAGAAUGUUCCCCAAGUGGCAGUACUAGAUUUGCUGCCCGCCACCAAGACCCUUGUCGUUGUUCAUAUCGAACUUCUGGAGACGUACGGAGUGUGCAUAAGAAAAUAUUCCAUGGAUGGCGAAGGACAUGCGCACACCCAGCGCGCUUUUCCAUUAUCCGCCGUUCAUCGGGACUGGUCGCUCGAGAUGCUGAGCCGGUCUUGGGACAAUAAUCAUUACCGAUUCGCAGUGUUCUUCGUGCAGUCACCAUUGAACGGGACCGUCACGCGAUCGUUUCAAUGGGUUAUAGCUACUUACGACCCUCAAACGGAUGAAAUCAGUCUGCACGAAUUCACCUGGGAUGAUAGGCCCUAUCAUUUUUUGAAUGCGGCGGCUGUGGACCACAAUCUACUGUACUACCUCAGGGAGGACGGUGGCAGACCAGCUCUAUGGGUAUCUAACACAUCAGCCCAACCGCCCCAUCGAGCGGCGAGAGGAAUGGAUCCGAGCUGUCACGAUGCGGGCGCCUUUCUCCUUGGGGAUCGGGAGUUUGUUCUCCAGGUUCACCAGACCGAGACAAGAGCCUGGCCUGUAGAAGAUGAUACUCUGGCCCACGCUGAGUUCACGGAUGAUUCUUAAGACCUGAUGUCUCGCUAAUCAGGCUCUGGGAUUGGGAAGCCAAUUCUAGCGGGACAGCCAUUGUCCUCAAAUGGCACGAGUAUUCUAAAUCAUUGU